CGUUGGCUCAUUUUGAUCACCAACAACACCAUGGCGAAGGGAAAGGCCAAAUCCGUCAUUGUCAAGCUUCUCAGCGCCGCUAAUACUGGGUUCUUCUACACUACACGCAAGAACCCCCGCAACGUGCAAAAGAAGCUCGCUCUUCGUAAGUAUGACCCCAUUGUCCGAGAGCACGUCUUGUUUAACGAAGCCAAGAUCAAGAAGGGCUAAGCGCACAGCGACCUCGUCGGACAGACGACCUCUCAAGGCAGUAGAAUUAAGUUGAAGAACAUAUCGAAAGACAUCUAUCCAUCGCCCCUGUUCAUUACUCGGAAGAUGAAUCUCUCGCUACAUGAAAAUCUGCAC